GGGUUUGAGUCAAUCGCGCAGGCUCCGGUAAAAGAUAAUCGAUUCCCGGAGCAGGGAAUAAACAGACUGAAACAGAAAACCGUCAGAAAGAAGCUCAGAAAUUAGUGUUGUCAGGCGUCAGUUGGAAUUGUGCGCGAUUUCUGAGUUUGUUUGAUUAUUCAGAUAGGGAUUGAUGUGAUUGAUUGCAAGCCAAGAAAACCGAAUUAAUUUUGUGCCAAAGAAACAUAAAAAUGGGUUGCUACUCCUGCAUGAGAUUGCUGUAUGUUGUCCUCAACAGCAUAUUUUUUGUAAUUGGUAUUGUGAGCUUGGGCUUAGUAACAUGGGUGCUUGUGGAUCAAACAAUUCCACUUAAUUUCGCUCAAGAACCGGACGAUAAUAUGAUCGUCAGUAUAAUUUACUUAGUAAUGACUUUAGUGUUGGUAUUGCUCUCUAUAUUGGGAAUGUAUGGCGCUGGUAAAGAGGUCAAGUGGGCUCUUGCUGUGUCAUUCUCCCUAUUGCUGAUCGUUAUAGUUGUUGAAGUCACUUCAGGAGUAUGGAUUUGGAUGAAUAGAGACACUCUGGAUGAGUUCACUCAUUUGUCUGUGAAGCGCACAGUCCAGGAGAUUUACGACAACGACAAGCAGAUGAAGGAAAUUUUAGACACCAUUCAGUCGAAGAUGCACUGUUGUGGUGCAGACAAUCCAACUGAUUGGUCUCGGAACAAACAUAUCAACUUGGGAAUAAACUCGAAACCAACCAGGUAUAAUAUUCCAACUAGUUGCUGUCGCGAGGACAUUGCUCCAUCUCUAUGCACGGCCGUUACGCAAGAAAUUAAAAUGGGAGAAAAUCUGAACUUCGAUGUUAUCUUUGAAAAGGGAUGUUACGUGUUGAUCAAAGAGCGUGUCCUCGGCAGCCUAACAAUUAUUUUCAUUGUGUAUGGGUCGAUUGUUGGAGUACAAAUUUUGGGUCUAUUAAUUGGACUAAUUUUGACAUUUUCCAUGAAUCGAACCAAUCGCUACAAAUCUUAAAUGAUCGCAGUGUGGCCAUCGUUUCAAAAACGCCUUUGUCGCUUCAAACAGCAUGUUUCUAAAGAAGUUGACGCGUUUUUGCAAACCAUUUUCUUAUUUUCAACCCUUAUUGUACAAAUCAUGAACAAUUACGUACCUUUACUCUCUAUUCAGAAUCUACCAAAAGAUUUAUUAGAUGUUAGAUCAUUAUUAUUAUAUAAUAUAGGUUUUAGGAUCUCUGGCAUUUUUUUUGGGAUUUGCCCUUGCCAAAAUUGCAUAAUGUGUUCAAACCGAGCAAAUUGCGCAAAUAUUCGUCAUAAUUGUCGAAUGAUAUUGAAAAACAAUUUCAUUAUUUAAAGAUUUAUUGUUGUUUAUGUUGUUAUCGAAGUAGAUGUUUGCUAUUAAUAGAGUAAUAGUCCCAAUUGAAAUACAUACCUUCAAAGAUGAUUUAUAGCUUGUAAAUUACGAAAAACAGUAAAAAGUAUGAUCAGAAUCCAUAUAAUUAUGUUUUUGGUAGUGAUUGCAAAAAAGAACUUCCGAAGACUUCAGAAAGUAAUAUCCAAUUUUCCAAAUUCGUUUAUACUUUUAACUUUUCAUUUUCAUAUUAAGGUGGUCAGCAGAUUUCUUUUCAAAUUAAUCAUUUGGUUUAGACCUUUGAUAGCCUAUGAUAUCGGAACAAUAAUACUAUGCCGAUAUCAAAGGCACAAUAAUACUGCAAUGAACCAAUCCAGCCAAUCAAUGUCGAGUUUCGAAAAUAGACAUUCGGUUAAGGAAAAAUAAUUUGUCAUAAUCAAACCACCUUUGUAUAGCGCUAAUUGCAAUAAUUGCCUAUUCCGUUCAGUUUUUACAUCUAAUAUUUUCAAUUGUUGACCAGUUCAAUCUUAAAUCACCGAAAAUGUUUAGCUCAAUGUCAUUCAACGCACAUCACGCGAUCUAUUAAUACUCUUACUAUGUGCCAUAUUAUUUAUUCUGCAUAACAAAUUCGUAUUAAUGAUAUUUGUGUAUGUAUAGACUGACAACCUGAGCCAAAUAGGUGCUUACAGAGUGAUUAAAUUUUUGAAAUUUACCUUAUCCAUUAAUGGAAAUGCUACUAAUUAAAAAUCAUCAUCACUACUUUCACAUCAGUUUUGACUGACUUUACAAGACUAAUUAAUUUCGUUGCUUGUGGAUGGUUUUGGAGAAAAUGAGUGUCCUAAAUGACAGUAUUUACAUUUUAAAAUUAGAAGCAAUAAGAAGGAUAAAAUAAACGAGAAAGUAUGCUUCGAGGCACCAUUAAUUGUGGAAAAAUCUAUCUUUUUUAUGACUUGUCUUAAUCUCGUUUAUUUAUUUCAGUGAUCUUUUCAUCUCAUAUAUUUUGUAUAAUAAGUUUUAUGUUGUAGCGUUACCUUUGCAGAUUAAAGGCAACUUAACAUAUACAUAUAUAUAUAUAUGUAACUAUAAUUUAAUAAUUCUUCUUGAAUGACAUUCUGAACGCACGUUAGCGUUUUUAGCUUAAUAAGCACAGAGCCAACAACCCAAAUGGUUAUAUACCCCUGAAAUAGAAGAUCUUCGUACUUAGUGUAAGCCAAAAAUCCUAAAUUAGACUUAAGAACAAAGGUUAAAACAGCGCAAAUGAUCCUGCAAUGAUGUGUUCUCUAUUUCCAUUGCGGCUAAGACUUGAAACUAUGUGUUAGAUUGGCUUAUGUAGUUGUUGCUUCCAAAUUAUCAGCAAGAAGCCGAAAAUUUAAAAAGAUCUGUUACUACAAGGAAUCAAAUACAUUUGCUAAUUUGUAAAGUACUUAGUAUCUUGUAGGUGUUAACUCUCGCAGAAAGAAGUGAUUUUUCGGCUUCUUAAUGCGAAAUAUAUUUUUAAAAUUACAUGUCUUAGAAUAGUUGCCAUUAGUUACUUCUGAUAAGAAACAUGGAUGUGUAUUGAAUACCUUAAGAAUCUCGUGGAAUAAAAUAAUUCUAAUAAACUGCUUAAUAUAAAAACGUCUUUAAUUACUAUUUUAGCGUCCAUGUUUCGCUCUCUAAUAAAACCAGAUCAAAUUGCUUUAACUUGUGGUUUACCUAAUAGUUAUAAGUAUUUAUCGAAUAUAAUUUGUUUAAUUUCUAUUGUGUAUGUAGAGAAGACCAUUUCAUACUUCAUAUAUUUUGUAAAUUGUCAUUUUGGAAUUAUAAAAGUGUUACCAAAUAUGUACCCUAUAUAUCGUCACAUACGAAAUGGUUGUGAUACAAAAAUUAUGACCGGAUGCUAAUCAAAAAACUGAAACUGGGAUUGUAGAAAGAGUCGCUAUUUUUCGAUAUAGAUUGUUAAAGAGAACUGUAUUUUUAAAUCGCAAAUUAAUCGGAACUAUUUAAAAGCUCAUAACCAAAAUAUAAUAUUUACUUAUACUGCAUAUUUAUCUGCCUUGAUAAUAUAUUUUAAUUGGAAUGUUGCAUUUAAUAUUUUUAUUUGUUCAAUACUAUAUCACGUUUACAAUAAAUUACUGGUAUAACC